AAUGUGUAGUUCAUAUUUAUCUUUAGUAACAGGAUGUUACAAGGUUCAACAUUUAGGAAGGUUGAAAUCUCAAGUAUGGAAUCAUCAUCAAAAAGUGUUUUCAUUAAUACUGGAAAUUCACAAUGGAAUUGCAAGAGAGAGAAAUCAAAGAGUUAAUGUUAAUAUUUUAUAUUAUUUUAGUUAUAGCCUCUCUAAUCCUGAUAAAGCAACUUUAGAUAAAACUGAAAAUGUCUUCCCUGAAUAUGGUAUAGAUAAUAUUGUUGUAACUAAAGUUGGCUCUGCAAAUGUUGAUAUUCCGAUGUAUUUUACACCUAAUGGCGAUCCAUGGUCUUUUGCAUGGGGGGAUUCACAUUUUCAACAAAUGGUUGUGGAUUAUCCCAGUCAGAUGACUAAGUCUCUAUGUUAUGAUAUCACUGGUUCACCUGGAGAAUAUUUAUACAUUGCUGGUUUUAGUUUAAAUGGAAUACAGGUUUAUGGACAGCUUAUUGAUGAUCAUUACAUGCAUAGGAUUAUUUUCAAAUUUGAUUCUGGAAGAAUUACAAUUUCAACAAAUAAUAUCAUUUUUGACAAUGAACAACCAGUAAACUGGAUAGCUGAUUUGCAAAAAUUCACUUUUAAGUCAAAAAAAUUUGAAUAUUUGAUCACUAGAAAUCAUAUCUUUAUAAAAUCUUUAGUAUAUCCAGGGAAUAUAAUUCAAAUACAAAAGUCUAUCCACUCUUUAUCUGAAAUUCACUUGGAUGUAAGUUUUAAACUUUCACCUAAAGAUUAUAAACAAAUGGAUGGACUUAUUGGUGAUAUUGGGAAAAAAAAUUUAAUUUUCACUCAGAAGUUCAAUCUGAUGGGAAAAUUGGAUCAAAGUCUAUUUCAAUUGAUGUUGAUAACAACUUAA